GCUAUACUUUCCCUUAAUAAGCCAUUUAGAUGUGAAAAAUGGAAGCAGAUGUGCAGAAGAAAUUCAAUCACCUUAUAGCGGUGACAACAAAUUUUUCUUCAGAUGUACAAUCAGAAGCUUUGCAUGUUGCUAUAAGAGGUUUGCUUAAAACAAUACAAAACUCAAAGAAACAAGAGUUCCAGUUGGCGAAUCUUCCAGCCAAUUUCUUGGACAUGAUUGAUUCAUUGAUUCAGAAUAAAGAACUCAGCGUAGAUCUAGCAAUUGUUGCUGGGCGGGUAAGCUGCUUAACGAAGGUGUUCAUCCAGAAUAACCCUUCUGCAGUAGAGCAACUGACAGUAAACACAUUACAGGCUGAGGGGGUCCCCAAAAUCUGCCUCUUAUUUGGUAUUAUUGAUUGCCUACCAAACAAUAGGUGGGAUGUGGCUGUAGCCAUUGUUGCUGAAGAAAUUGCCCAACUGCUGCUGAACUUUAAUUCAGUAUAUGUUUACCAAAUGAAGUUGUUUCAUACUUGGUUGGAACAUGUUCGAAACAUUGUUAAUUUCAUCCCUAAUUCAAGUCCUGUUUGGACACAAAUUCUGCUUCCUCAAAGUCGAGUGAUGGAACUAAUUGAUCACCAUUGGGAGACCAGUCAAAUACGAAAUUUAUCCGGCCAAUGCCUAACAACCAUCUGCGAUAUAUGGCGUACCUCCGAAUCAACUUUGCAGUACGCUAAUGUUGUUGCCAAGAUUACGUUAACUAACCUAACGUGGCAAUCGCAACCCAAGUACCUCAUCUUAGCUACCUUGGUGCCUUUUAUACACUUCAAGGAACUUCUUUUCGAAUAUCCUGAUACCAUCUACGCCAUGACGGUCAGUCUUACUUCAAAUCCAAAAUGCCUGUUGGCUGGCGGAACGUCUCUUUUUAAGGCUCUAACAAAGCACCUGAACCCUGAUGAUUGGGAAGACUAUUGCCAAAGCGUCCUACUUGAAGCGUUGAAUCACGCUAAUCCUGACAUGCGAUGUAAUGCGGCUAAUCACUGGCUUCCAUGCAUGAUUCUUGCUUCGCCUGUGCUUCUGAUGGAUCUAAAGCAACGUCUCCGAAAAACCGAUCCUCUUAAUUGGUUGGCUUACAUGUCGCUAUUGAAACUAAUGAAUCAACUAGAUGAAAACGAUAUACUGCUAACACAACAAGCACUUCAUCAUGGCGAUGAAGAUGUGAGAGUAACAGCGUUUGGAAUACUUCUGCAUAAAACUAAAAAAACUGAAAUCGUACGUGCUGAAGAUUGGACUUUGGUAAAAAAAUUUUUGUUAAAGAAUCUCCGAUGCGAUAAUUCGCAAUGUAAAUUUAAAUUACUAUCCACAACACGGUUUUUCCUAAUCCGAGUUUUGAAGUCCUGUCUCAGCCGAAUGAAAGCCAAGUGUACCAUAGAUGAAGAUAUUGAGAAUUUGCGUCAAUUGUGUGACCAUCUGUUAAAAUGUUUGACACCAACCUCAUGCUACCAAAAGAAAAUCACGUUGCUAGAUAUCCUUUGCGACAUCCACCAACUCUUUGGCGUUAGUGAUACAAAAGCAGAAAAUUUGGUUAGAGGUUCUUCGUUAACUAAUCGCAGCGAGCUGAUAAAACUGGCUGGAGAACGCUGGAACUUUACUGGAAAAGAAUCUUUGGAACGUUACACGAUCUGCUUGAUGGAUGAGAAUGUCGAUGUUCGCCAAAAAGCGGCCGAGCUUCUUCAAGACUUUUUCCCAUGUCCGCCUUCCUCUUAUGUGCAGUUGAUAUACAAUCAAGGACUUGUACAGUGUGAUAAUUCCUGGUUACACCGCAGUGAGUGUGGUGUCAGCGCACUUGACCUAGUCAGUCAUUGGUCAUGGACGAACACCUCUGUAAUUCCAAGACUGACAACAGAAUCUUUAGUGGGCGAGAUUUACAAGCGAUUUCAUCAACUCAAGCUUGACUGGACGGCUUCAGGACAAGCCGUUCACGGUUUCAUUGGCGCUCUAGCGAAAGUGCUUCAAGUGACGAAUCAUCAGAACUUAAUUGUGCCGUAUACGGAGUUGAUGGCACUGACUGACAUGGUUAGUUGCUACGUGUUGGACAUUUUAUCUAGCAAAUCUAUUGGAAGCCCCGUUAUUAUGCGACCGUUGGAUGACAAGAGCCCGUCCAUUGACGAUCGUACAGGCCAGAAUGUUCCAGUCGAGAAAAACGGCACUGCUUUCGAUGACGUGCAGCAUAAGUUGAUUUUGACUCGUGGAUUGUUGACUUUGAAGGAGUCGAGUAAUUUGGCUGUUCAAAUCACCACAUUGUUGCUAAAUGAUGAGCGGUUAUCGAAAGAAGAGCGCGUUCAUUUGGUAGAACAGUGCGUUCACAUAGUCUAUCAAAUCCUUCUCCGUUGCCGUCACGAAUAUGCCGUCGAAGCAGCUGGCGAUGCUAUGGAACUACUAUGUAAAAAAUGCUUUGUCAAUCAAGAAAACGUGAUCAGAGCUAUCCCAGGCAAGCUGUUGGAAAAUUUUCUGGGAAGCCUUGAAAAUUCUAAAUUAGGUACAUCCGAUAUUCUUCGCCCAAUUGGGAUGGCUUUUUUAGUUAAUAAAAUAGUAUGCAGUCAAUCGGAGAAAUCUCAGUUGGAUUCAUUGGUCACAAUGGCGACCAGAAGAUUGAUUCGUAUUGCUGAGCGUCCAGUCGAUAUGAGUCAAGGACUCAUCGAUGCAUGCAACGUACCGCAGCCAGUGGCUAUUCACGUACUAACAUCGCUAGUUCAGGAUGCCUUACUGAACGUUGAUCUCCAACCAGAGUUGAUGGACCUCACCACCCAAUUGGGUGUCAACUUGUUCAAUCACCCACUUUGGUUUAUCCGUCAUGCUGCUGUACAACUACAUGGAGCCAUCGUGACAAGUUUGGUGGGCUCAUCUAGCAAAACAACUGCUGAAUUCUUCCACAAACUCCCAGGAUUGGAGACGUUUUUCCUUGGCAAACUGGCCGGGCAAACGGAUGGCCAACACAUUUUUGCCGGUGACCUUAUCCCCGUUCUGAGCAUAUUGAGCAGACUCUCACCUGAUUAUAGAAACGAGGAUAGAAAUUCCCGUUUUAAGGGCCGUCUUGUGGCGUUACUUGGCCAUCCAGCAAUCCAAAUUCGUCAGUUGGUUGCCAGGAGCCUACUAGCAUUUGUCCCGUUACCAAAGACGAAGUGGAUAACUAUGCAGCUUUGUGAAGAUGCGUUAACUUUGGCGUCUCGGAGUAUUUCAGCCACGCCUUUGCAUUUAUGUGUACGUGGAUCUUCAGCCACGAAUAGCCUUCACGGCUGCUUAUUAGCUAUUCACGAGUUCAUCAAUCGCUGUCGUGAGAUUGCAAUAAGCGUCCAAGACUGGGAAAUGAUUCGCAAUUCGGUGGCGACAUUCGUACCUAUCGAAAAGCAUCAUCCUAGUUUCUACAUCAAGUUGACCAUCUUGAAAAUUUUCAAAAUGUUGAAGGGCAUGGCCGGGACACCCGAGUUUUUUCGAAUAUAUCGAGAUGAAUCGGUGCGUCAAUUGUAUUACCGUCACCCUGGUUUCAGUGAAUGGCUGGCGCUUACGACUGAGCUUGUGCUAGGUGAAGGCUCGCUCAAUUCCGUAUUGGAAGCACAUUCAAUGGCUAUUCAAGAAUUUCUAGCCUUCUACAGCGGAUUGGAAGUUGUGGAAGCUGCAAUGCGAUCACUCACGAAUCGUUUUGCUCGGUUUUCCCGCUCAAGUGUCAUGGCUAAUCAUAUCAACUCCUAUAUUACGUACUUCAUCUCUCGUUGGCAGGCACAUCCUAGUCUUGUACCUAUUUGUCUUGAAUUUAUCCAAAUUCGAGGAGCCUCCGCUCUACAGGAGAGCGAAACUUCUCUACGUGAACACAUAGAUUUUUUUUUGAAUACUUGUAUAGAAAUGAGACAUCUGGGCUCUGCUGUAGCUCUAUUGGCUUUCCCGACAGCAUCGAUCGUCAUCAAAGAAGCAUUCGCAAAAGGACUGCUAGUGGAUAAUGUGGACGAGGUUGCCAUCCGUCUAAGCCGCUGCAUCUUGAACGCUUCCCAGCAAGAAGAAUCUUUGCCUUUUCGUUUGGCAGCUGCAACUAGUCUCAAAACAACGGGAAAGGCACUGAUGGAGAAGGCGAUGAAUAAUGCUCAAUUAAGUCGAAAUCUCUUCUUCCUCAUCAUGUAUCUUAUUCACGACGAAGCAAAAGAAGUACGAACAGAAAUAACUUUCUUUUUGACGGAACUAGUCUCUUCAAUCAAAAGCGGCUCUCAUGGAUAUCCACCUUUGCUCCAGAUGAGUGCCGAAGAGUGUCUAGAACAAUUUGCCAGCCAAAUUCACUUUUGGUUUAGUAAACAGCAUCUUAUUCCGGUCGUAAUUGAGAUGUUAACAGAUCCCGAUCUCGAAAAAGAAGAUGAAGUAAAAGCUUUGUACGAGUGUGAAACCCAAAACGUAUUCAGCGAGGAGAUCGAGUCAAUAUUUCUCUUAUCAAAAAUUGUCCAGUCUUUCUUAGGGACUGUAGAGAGUGAUAGUAAUCCGUUCUUGUUGGAUAUCAAUGUGCAAAAGGUGGUAGAAGGAGCCGCACGUACAGUUAGUAGUAUCCGGUCCUUUGCCACUUGUAGAAAAAAUACGUCAGGGUGGUUUUUUAUUAUGUCAAAGAGAAUUUAUUCAAUGCUCAGUCGACUCGGUGCCCGACUGUCUAUCUUAGCAAUGUGUUGCCCAUCUUAUAAAGCGGACAGCCGUUUUGUGGAACUUCAAAAAGCAAUUGAUAGUCUAGGUCGGUAUCAAAUGCUGUAGUGUGUUUUUUGUUUGUUUCCCUUUUAUACAGUAAAAAUGGGAUCAAAUUAUUCCGAGAAAUGUUUAUGCAGAUCCUCCUGUGAAAUUGCUAAUUAAGUUUGAAUUCUAAUAGAGUUAUGUAUCAAAGAUGCUGCAUAGAAAACAAAAUAUACGGAACCGGGCACA